GGGCGCGGCGGCGGCGCCAUGGCGGCGGCGGGGCCCUUCGCGCUGGUGACCAGCUGCGCCGCCGGCUUCGCGGCCGAGGAGCUCGUCAAACGUAUCACAGGGAGAGAUGACCUAACUGUGGGGGCAACUACAAGUGGAAGAGUGAAUUUUUACCCAUGGACAAUAGAUAAUAAAUACUAUUCUGCAGAUAUUCACCUCUGUGUAGUACCAGACACCUUUCUUGUUACUGGAGAUAUCGCUGAAUCCGUGCAAGCCUUCAUUGUGUACUUUGACAGCACAAUUAAAUCUGGACUUGACAGCGUGUCGGAAUGGCUUCCCCUGACAGAAGAGUGGUUACCAGAAGUCAUGAUCCUGGUUUGUAGCAGAGUAUCUGAAAAUGGUGUUAACAGACAGAAAGCUCAAGAAUGGUGCAUCAAGCAUGGCUUUGAACUGGUAGAACUCAACCCUGAGGAACUGCCUGAUGAAGAUGAUGACUUUCCUGAGUCCACGGGUGUGAAGCGGAUUGUACAAGCUUUGAAUGCCAACGUGUGGUCCAACGUGGUCAUGAAGAGCGACAGGCCCCAGGGCUUUGGUCUCCUCAGCACAUUAACAGGUGCAAACUGUGGCAUUGGGGCAGAAGAGAACCAAGAUGCAGAAUCCAGUCCAGCAGCAGCAGCAGAGGAAUCCCAUGCAGAGAACACAGAAGAUGGAGCUAGCACAAACAACCUGCAGGUUGACAACAUUGUGGACCCCACGUUAGACACGGACAUCCAGGAGUUAGCCAGCCUCACCACAAGAGAUGGGGGCCUGGAGAACUUUGAAAGGCUCUUCUCAAAGCUGAAAGAAAUGAAAGAUAAAGCUGCAACGUUACCUCACGAGCAAAGGAAGCUGCACGCCGAGAAGGUGGCCAAAGCGUUCUGGAUGGCAAUUGGAGGAGACAGAGAUGAAAUUGAAGGCCUGUCCUCAGAUGAAGAGCACUGAGGUGUGUGUCCCUGUGCCCGGUGCCAAGAGCCCCACUUGGCUUCAGUCGAGGAUCCCCCAUGGCUGCAGUAACACAUUCCACAGCACCUCGUGGUUAGAGUGCUCCUGUCCCACUGCCCAUCUGUUCUCUCCCUGAGGAUCCUGGCAGGCAGUGCAUGCAGGUAGACAAAAUAAGAAUUAGUUGACAUUUCUCAGAUUAACAUCUUCAUUGGUUCCUCUUUUGAGUUUAAAUAAACCAAUUUACUACCAGUUCUCUCUCUCUACUUAUGGCUGGUGGCUGUUAAGUGACUACUUAGUUCUGAGCUCAAGUGUUUUAGGUGUAGGCCUGUUGGAUGUUUUUAUGUAGCUUUACAGCUGACUUACCAGGUAAAACAGAUUGGUGUGAGCCCUGAAGAGAAAGUUGCUGACUUGUGCCCUGUUGUGGGACACUGCCAAGCUGUGAGGUUCAUCCUGCUUGAGUGCCAAAGCUGUGCAGAAUGGCCCCUGGGCUUCCAGUUGUGUGGCAGGAUGUGGCCCUUCCCUGGCAAGCCAGGAGGUGUGCCACACUCCCUGGGUGUCUCUUAGAAACUGAAUUUGGGAUUAAAUGCAAGAUGGAUUCUUUGCUGCCGUUCCAGGGGUGAAGUUCCCUGCCCAAGCCUUCUGCAGAGCUUGGCCUCAGGGACUGGCAGAGUGCACAGACCUUCUGCAGCCCAAUUAUGUUGUGCUCCCAAGAAGCAAAGCUGAUGGCACACCCCAGCCCAUCCCCUGAUGCCUUCCUUACAGACUCAUCUCCUGGCUUGUCAUCUGAAGGCACCAAGUACAACUCUCAGGGCUUCAGGGUCCUGAGGGUCAGAAAAAAAUCCUUAGGCCUUAGAUUUAGGGUCUGUGCUGCAGUAAGCUGUGGAUGGAGUCUGGUGGAUGGGGAGAGGUGGCUGAGCCCUGUCUCAUGUCUCCUGCAAAAGGGCACAUGUUUGCCCAAGAGCAUGUUAGAGCAUGGCCAGCCACACCACGUCUGAAGGAGCUGGAAAUGAACUUCCCCAACGGCUCUUUUUUGCAUGUCACUAAAUUUCCUGACCUGCUUUGGUAGAGGGUUGGACUGGAUGAUGUCUAAAGGUCCCUUCCAAGCUCCACCAGUCUGUGAUUCUAAGGUUCCCAUCAAUGAUGCCUCAUGCCAGGAAUCAGAAUGACCAAGUUGAAGGACACACUUCUUCAGCCUGUUAUAAAUAGGAAGAGAUUUGUAUUGUAGGAAACAGGCUGGGAAGAAUGGCAGCUCUUGGUGUAGGCACAGAGGAGGAGAAGCCCUUGAAGGCUUUGAUCAGGAGGGAGUGAGGCAGGAGGGAGUCACCCUGUCCCACGGCCACACAAGCCCAGAACCUUCAGCCCCGUGGUGUUUUGGUGCAGCUCUCACUGACACACUGAGCACCGUGUCCAGCGAGGGCUGGUGGGAAAUGUGUGUCAUGCCAAAACCACAGUGCACUUGUAUUUUAAAUCAGAGUUUACUUUGCUGCUGACUUGUCUUUUGUGGAGUGUCUUUUCUUCUGAAGAGAAGCCUUGGUUUGGGCUGCAGAACUUCUUUACACAAUAGA